UUACUCUUCCUGACUUUUCUUCCCUCUAUUUAAGGAUUCCAACCCUUCUCUAACUCCUACUCCAUCGCUCUCUUUCUCUCAACCUUCUCAAAUUCUCAGCUCAGCCAUGGCGUCAAUGAGCUGCUCACCUGCUGACCUGGCCCAGUUCUUUGGCCCCAACACCACCAACCCCACCGCCGCCGCCACCUACCUCUGCGACCAAUUCACCGCCGUCUCCGACAAAUUCGUAGACACCAACUACGCCAUCGACACUACCUACCUCCUCUUCUCCGCCUACCUCGUCUUCUCCAUGCAACUCGGCUUCGCCAUGCUCUGCGCCGGCUCCGUCCGCGCCAAAAACACCAUGAACAUCAUGCUCACCAACGUCCUCGACGCCGCUGCCGGCGGCCUCUUCUACUACCUCUUCGGCUUCGCCUUCGCUUUCGGCUCCCCUUCCAACGGCUUCAUCGGCCACCACUUCUUCGGCCUCAAAUCCGUCCCUUCCACCUCAUUCGACUACAGCAAUUUCCUUUACCAGUGGGCUUUCGCCAUAGCCGCCGCAGGAAUCACCAGCGGCUCAAUCGCCGAACGAACCCAGUUCGUCGCCUACCUCAUAUAUUCCUCCUUCCUCACUGGCUUUGUAUACCCAGUUGUUUCCCACUGGUUCUGGUCCACCGAUGGUUGGGCCAGCGCUUUCAACACAGACCACCUUUUAUUCAAAUCUGGAGUCAUUGAUUUUGCAGGAUCUGGAGUUGUUCACAUGGUUGGUGGUAUUGCUGGACUCUGGGGAGCCUUAAUAGAAGGACCCAGAAUCGGCAGAUUCGACCACACAGGCCGCUCUAUUAUCUUAAAAGGUCACAGUGCUUCACUUGUAGUUCUUGGUACUUUCCUGCUGUGGUUCGGUUGGUACGGUUUCAAUCCCGGAUCCUUUAACAAAAUCAGCGUUACGUAUGCCACCGGAAACAGCUAUUACGGACAAUGGAGUGCCGUGGGUCGAACCGCGGUGACCACGACCUUAGCCGGUUGCACAGCCGCUCUCACCACUUUGUUCGGAAAAAGAAUCCUUUCGGGGCAUUGGAACGUAACCGACGUGUGCAACGGACUACUCGGCGGCUUCGCCGCGAUAACAUCCGGUUGCUCUGUUGUCGAGCCUUGGGCGGCUAUUAUAUGUGGCUUUAUGGCGGCUGUGGUCUUGAUCAGCUGUAACAAACUGGCGGAGAAGCUUAAAUUCGACGACCCUUUAGAGGCGGCGCAACUCCAUGGAGGGUGCGGCGCGUGGGGGAUUAUUUUCACGGCGCUUUUCGCGACGAAGGAGUAUGUGUCGGAGGUGUACGCACCGGGUCGGCCUUACGGGCUGUUUAUGGGUGGCGGCGGAAGGUUGCUCGCGGCUCACGUUAUUCAGAUUUUGGUGAUCAUUGGGUGGGUGAGUGCCACCAUGGGACCACUCUUUUUUGUGCUUCAUAAGCUUAAGCUUCUGCGUAUCUCAGCCGAGGAUGAAAUGGCGGGUAUGGAUAUGACCCGACAUGGAGGUUUUGCUUACAUUUAUCACGAUGAAGAUGAUACGCUAAAGCCCGGGAUUCAGUUGAGGAAAAUUGAACCAAGUGCAGUUACUCCCAAUUCCAACUAGAUUUUUGUCUUUUUAAAAUGGGUUUGAUUAAUUAGGGCCGUUUGGUAGGGAAUUAGGGCCGUUUGGUAGGGAAUUUGGGUAAUGAUGUUUGUAGUUUUUUAAAUUAUGUGUAAGUUAAAAAUUGUGUAAAAAUGUGUGUAAUGUUGUUUAAAAAUUAAAAAUAAGUGUUUUAAUAAUUUUACCAAA